AUGGCCAGUCCGCACUCUGACAUGCCUGUCGAACAGGCCACAAACUCGAUCAGAGCGGCCACACCAUCUGGCAGCAACGUGGGCGGCUCAAAUGCGGCUCUGCGCAUCAGCUGCCAGGCCUGUGCCACGUCCAAGGUCAAAUGCCCCAAGGAGAAGCCCUCAUGCUCCAGGUGCGAGAGCCGGGGCGCCAUCUGCCAGUACGUUGUGACAAGGCGGCCGGGGCGCAAACGUGCAGGCCGCGACCCGGGCCACAUGGCGAGCUCGAGCACUGCCAGCACCGUGUUCGACUCCAUCGCCAACAAGACCCCGAGCCGCCGGUCAUCCGCCACCCGCUUGAUGCCCAGGAGCAGCGCCGAAUCGACUGUGGCCAGCGCCACGACGACCCCAAACUGCCUGGGCGCUUCAUCACCUAGUCCAGUCAUAACCACAUUGGCCGGGGCGGAUGCCAUUUUCACAGCCGACUCCUUGGAUGCCUUCUGUUUCUCGACGGAAGAAGAGGUUGCCAUGAUCCCGGAGCUCGCUGAUUUCAGCACUGAUGUUGGGGACCUGGACUUUCUUUCAUCCCUGUCUGCCAUCGCGUCGCCCUUUGACCUGUAUGGGCCGGACCUUGGCAGUACUAUCAUCCCCAAAGGGAGCGAUGUUGGCUCACUUCUCAUGCCCCCGGAUAACAUCACUUCCGAGUUUCCUUCGCUGGAAACUUUACUAUCAGCCGACUCACAUAGCGCAUCAUCGCUGAAACAUUCACUUGCGUCAUACAGCUCCCCACCGAUCUCAAGGUGCUCAACCAGCAAGGCCGAUGACGUGCGCUUCAGCAGCACUUUGGCAUGUGGUUGUUUGACUCAGGCGCUCGACCUUCUGAAGACCUUGUCUAUAGUGGACUGCCAAACAACUUUUACUACGUCGGGUAUUCUGACGCCAACCAGCCCAGGCACACCCGGGGCGGUCCAGACUGUUCUACACGAGAACAAGCAGGGCAUAGAGGCCGUUCUCAGCAGGCUGGCAUGUGCAAACUGCUCUGACGACGUGUUCCUGCUGUCCGUCCUCACCAUCACCGUCCAGAAGAUCCUGGAGCGAUACGCCAUCGCGGCACGCAUCCGCUCGGGUGACUUAGGUGGUGGUGGUGAGGCUGAGGCGGGCAAGUCGGCGACGGCGAGACACGCUGUGGACGACUUCCUCAGCAACGCGGACAGAGGCGCAGCCAAGCCAUUGGUGCUAGCGGGCUACGGCGCCGGGGCCCGUCUCGACCAGGAUGACCGGGAGCGGGUGGCACAGCUUGUCCUCAGCGAGCUGCACAGGGUGCAACGCCUCGUAAAUAAGCUGGCUCCCAAGCUGAAGGGGGUCAGGGACGCGGACGGCGACCACGCCUCCGGCCCCAGUGAUGUGCUGCAACGGCGGCAGAAGGUGCAUAGACGAAAAAGGGAGGACGAUCUGUCCCCGGGCGUGGCCUUCUCCGAGGGUACCUUGGAGCAGAUGGAGCGCGACAUGCGCAAGAGCCUCAGUUCUCUGUCCACCGAGAUCAUCAGCAGGAUUCGGCAAAGCCAAUUCUGA